AUGUCGGCAGCGAACGGAACCAGACAGAACAACUACAACAGCAAUAAUUGCGAUCUCGAUGAGGAACUUGUGAAAAUGCAAAGUGUUUCAAGUUUUGAAUCCGAGUUGUCAAAUUUUAAUAUAUUCUUGGAAAAAAUAUAUUCUUCUGAUUCAGAUGUAAUAUUAUCUAUUCAGAAAUUAAAUGUAUCUAUUAAAUACUUAGAAAAUCUAUCGGAUGUAAAUUUAUUGGAAAAAAAUGAUAUCUUGGUCACCACCCUGUUUGAAGAACAUGCAGUCAAACGACCAUAUUUCAAAAUUCUUGGGCGUCCAGCCUUGUUGGAAUUGGCUAAAAGCCCUAAUGGUUUACAGGGCAUUAAUCGCCAUCGUUAUUGCAAUGCACUUGUUGGCGCCAUUGUCAGUGUCACAGGAAUUCAAAAGAGAGAUGAAAUGGCACGUCUUCUGAGCUUGAUCCGUUGGAUGGGUGGUAGUUUUCGAGAAAGUAUUAAUUACAAGACUACUCAUUUAGUGUCUGGUUAUGCAUGCAGUGUUAAAUCCCAAUAUGCGUAUUUACAUGAAAUCCCGGUUAUUGGAUCUUCUUGGCUUCAUGCAGCUUGGGAGAGACGAGAUGAAAUGGAUUUCAAAGCAAUUAGUACAUCGUUUUUUUCAGAACACAAGCUAAAACCAUUCCAUGGAGCCAAAAUGUGUUUUAUAGGGUUCACGGAAGAAGAACAAUCACAUAUGGUUGAAGUUUUGUCACAAAAUGGAGGGACUCCAAUAGGCGAUGAAAAUGAUACAGAAUGUACUCAUCUGGUUGUUAAUGAAUCUUCAUUAGAUUUAAUUCCUCCAGUGAAGAAGAAUAAUGCUGAAAUCCUGAAAGAAGCAUGGUUCUGGAUAUCUGUACAAUACCAGAGUUGCGCCUUAACAAAAGAAUAUUUAUUAAGGAAUUUAAAUGAUGUGACCAACACACAUACAUCUGCUCAUGUAAUGCCAUCUACGUUGACAUUAAAUUCUUCUCGUUCGCGCAAAAGAAAAAGGCAUUUAGACCAUUUAGGUUCUUUGCUAAGGCCUAGUCCAACACCUGUGGCAACUAUUCGCGAAACAUCGCCAACAAAUAGUUCAGGCCCAUCAAAACGACGGUCAUCAGCUGCAAACACUCUUGAUGGCCUAAAGUUGUCAUGUGGAUCAUUUUUAAAUUUCGAGAACAGCCCAGAUCAUCCAUUGCCUUUGAAACUCCCAAAAGAUCAAGAUAUAGUUAUAAAAGAUAAACCAUUUAGUCCGCGAUAUCAAGUUUUCUCUGAAUUAUUACUGACUGAGGUUAACUAUGUGGGAGUGUUAAACACAAUAAUUACUGUGUACAAAGAACCAUUAGAAGAAAUUAUAGACGAAAAAAACUGUUUGCUAAAUAAUACUGAAAUUAAAAUUAUAUUUGGAAAUGUCUUACCUAUUUAUCAAGUGCAUCAAGAGAUAUUAGAAGAGCUCAAAUGCAUUGCUACAUUGUGGAAAGAAGAUAGUAGUAUAGGAAGUGUUUUCCUCAAAUAUUCCAGUGAGUUGGUGAAAGCUUAUCCACCGUUUGUAAAUUUUUUUGAAAAAACAAGGGAGAUGUUGUUACAGUGUGAUCAAACAAAACCUCUUUUUCAUGCCUUCCUCAAAGUCGGUCGGUUAAGGCCUGAAUGUUGUCGACAGAGUCUACAAGAACUUCUCAUUCGACCUGUGCAACGCUUACCCAGUGUUAGCCUCCUAUUAAAUGAUAUAUUGAAACAUACUGACAAGAAUAACCCUGAUCAUCAAGCUCUUGUAUCAGCCCUAGCCAGUAUACGAGAAAUAAUGACUCACAUAAAUGAAGAUAAAAGAAAGACGGAAGGUCAAGUUGUACUUUUUGAUAUAUUUAAUGAUAUUGAUAAUUGUCCUCCUCAUUUAAUUUCGUCACAUCGAUGUUUUAUUACAAAAUGUGAUGUGGUUGAGCAAAGUGAUAACCUUAGUGGUCAUGGGGAUCAUCUAACAAUAUUUGUUUUUUCAGACGUUGUUGAAGUCUGUAAAAAAAAAAGAUCAUUUAAUGGAAAGAGUCCAAAAGAACCGAAUUCUGGUUCACACAAAUUUAAUGGUGGUGCCAAAUCAUAUAAACAUAUCAAAUUGAUGCCGUUAAACAUAAUUAAACAAGUUAUAGACAUUAAAGACACUGAAGACUGUCGUAAUACAUUUUCGUUAUUAAUUAUUGACAAUCAUGACUUUAAAGAAAUAUUAUAUAAGUUUACUAUGACUGGAAGUAAUAGCUGUGACAAUCAUAAAAAAAUGUUCUUAAAAAAUUUAUCGCAACAAGUGGCCCACAUCAUGUGUUCUGGCAAUAUAUUAAUAUCAUUGGAUUCUCAGCAAUUGGACAUUGAUACAAGUGAAAUUACUAUUGGUACUCUUGGGAAAGCUUUCAAGUUUGCAAACAGAACACGUAUUAAAGUUGGACGGGCGUUAAGCUUUAAUAAAACUCCCAGGAAGUUGAAACGAGCAGUGUCAACAAUGAUGAGUCCUGUUCUCAGCUUGACUAACAAUGGAGGGCUGGGUACGCAGGCCUUAACACCUUCUACACAAUCAGUCAAUAUGCACUUAGCAUCGUGCACCAAUUUAAAUGAAAUGUCAUCAGAUGACCAUACAUUUCCAUCGCCACCAAUGUCAAUUCAGCCAAGCCGAAAAAAUAAAAGGUCUAUAUUAAAUCUAUCGUCAGCGCCCAGGUAG